UCCUCUUUUUCUGUGUUUUCUCCAUACUAUCAAUCCCCAAAUUCCUUGAAGAUAUACAGAGAUAAAGUUGCUAUUUCUGCCGAUUCUGAAUUUGUUCUUCAGUUUACAUGUUUGGAUUGUUUAAGUAAAGGCUUCGUUUGAAGUUGAUUUUGUGUGAAGGGAGAUUUCCUGUUUUUGUUUUGUUGUGAAUUGAUUUGUACUGGAAGUGUUUGGAGGAUGAGAGAUCUGCGUUGAGUGUAUGUGUUUAGGAAAUGGCUACUUCUGAGAAUUGCCGGAACGCUGCCGGCGCCGGAAAAGUUGAUGCUGAGAAAGCGUUGUACACGGAGCUAUGGCGAGCGUGUGCAGGUCCGCUUGUGACAGUGCCAUGUGAAGGCGAGCUGGUGUUCUAUUUCCCACAAGGUCAUAUUGAACAGGUUGAAGCAUCAACAAACCAAGCUUCAGACCAGCAGAUGCCAGUAUAUAAUCUUCCUUCUAAGAUCCUCUGUCGUGUGAUUAACGUCCUGCUGAAGGCUGAACCAGAUACAGAUGAGGUGUAUGCACAAGUGACUUUGUUGCCAGAACCAAAUCAAGAUGAGAAUGUGGUAUCAAAGGAACCGAUGCCCUCUCCGCCACCACGAUUCCAUGUGCACUCUUUUUGUAAGACAUUAACAGCCUCUGAUACCAGCACUCAUGGAGGAUUUUCUGUCUUGAGACGGCAUGCUGAUGAAUGCCUCCCGCCUCUGGAUAUGUCUCGGCAGCCUCCAACACAGGAGUUGGUGGCCAAAGAUUUGCAUGCAAAUGAGUGGCGCUUCAGGCACAUAUUCCGGGGCCAGCCUAGGAGGCACCUUCUUCAGAGUGGUUGGAGUGUCUUUGUUAGUUCGAAAAGGCUUGUUGCAGGGGAUGCUUUCAUAUUUCUUAGAGGUGAGAAUGGGGAGCUUCGUGUUGGAGUCCGACGUGCCAUGAGACAGCAGGGCAAUGCUCCAUCAUCAGUGAUAUCCAGUCAUAGCAUGCAUCUUGGUGUCCUUGCUACAGCUUGGCAUGCUAUUCAGACGAAAACACUGUUCACAGUAUAUUAUAAACCAAGGACGAGCCCUGCUGAGUUUAUAGUUCCAUAUGAUCAGUAUAUGGAGUCUCUGAAAAACAAUUACUCCAUCGGGAUGAGGUUUAAAAUGAGGUUUGAAGGUGAAGAAGCUCCAGAACAGAGGUUUACUGGAACUAUAGUUGGCAUCGAAAAUGCUGACCUCAAAAGGUGGCCUGAGUCGAAAUGGAGAUGCCUGAAGGUUCGAUGGGAUGAAACUUCUGCUAUUCCUAGGCCAGACCGAGUUUCACCCUGGAAAGUAGAGCCAGCUCUUAGCCCUCCUGCACUUAAUCCACUUCCUAUACCAAGGCAGAAAAGGCCUCGAUCAAAUGUUCUGCCCUCGUCUCCUGAUUCUUCUGUACUUACUAGGGAAGGUUCAUCCAAAGUAGCUGUAGACACUUCACAAGCCAGUGGGUUUUCAAGAGUUUUGCAAGGUCAAGAAAUAUCGACCUUGAGAGGCAAUUUUGUAGAAAAUAACGAGUCGGACUCUUCUGAGAAGCCACCUAUAUGGCAACCAUUACUGGAUGACGAGAAGGCUGAUGUUCAUUCUGCGUCAAGGAAAUGUAUAUCAGAUAAACGGCUUCCUUUAGGGAGGCCUGAAUCAUCUUUUACAGAUCUUUUAUCAGGUUUUGGGGGGCAAUCAAGUUCAUCUCAUGGGUUCCAUUCACCCACUGGGGGCCAAACAGCACCUGCUAGCUGGGUUAAGCGACAAGCUCUGGAUAAGGAAACUGAUUUCAGCUUACUGGGAAAACAAUGGUCUCUAGUGUCUUCUGGUCUCUCACUUAAUCUGAUGGAAUCAGGAUUGAAGGGUGCAGAUACUCUUUAUCAAAUGCGGGGAACAUCUCGACUCAAUGGUUUUAACGAGUAUCCAACCCUCCCUGGUCAUAGACCUGACAAUCAGCAGGGAAAUUGGUUAAUGCCCCCGUCCGUGUUGCCUUAUAUUCAGAUGUCCGCUCAUUCUGGAGAAAUUAUGCCUAAACCCAUGGUUUCACCACAGCCCGAAGCCAUGAAACCCAAAGAAGGGAACUGCAAACUAUUUGGCAUUCCCCUUGUAAGUAAAUGUGCCACCAUAGAUCCUGUCAUGUUGCGGAAAAAUUCUCCGAUUCACUCAACAAGUAACAUGCACUUUGGUAUACAUCCACAUCAAUUCCCUAUAAUUGAAUCUGAUCAAAGGUCUGAGCAAUCAAAGGGAUCAAAGCUACCAGAUGAUGGCUUCAUAGUUCAUGAUCAGGAAGAACAAUUCCAAACCUCUCAUCCUGGUACUCGAGAUAGAGAGGGCAAAGGCCUUGUUCAUUCAACAAGGAGUUGCACCAAGGGUACAGCCCUUGGAAGGUCUGUUGAUCUUGCAAAGUUCAACAACUAUGAAGAAUUGAUAGCUGAACUGGAUCACAUUUUUGAUUUUAAUGGUGAGCUCAAGGCUCGUAACAAGAACUGGCUGGUUGUAUAUACUGAUGAUGAGGGUGACAUGAUGCUUGUUGGAGAUGAUCCAUGGCAGGAAUUUUGUGGUAUGGUUCGGAAGAUUUUUAUCUACACGAAAGAUGAGGUGAAGCGGAUGAACCCUGGGACUCUCAAUUCAAAAGGCGAGGACGAUUCUUCUGUUGCAGAAGGCUCUGAUGCUAAAGAAGUGAAGAAUCUACAGCUUCACAUUGAUUCCAGUCCGGAAGAUUCUUAGAUAAUAGAGAAGUCCUCCUUAAUUGAGGUUUAUUAAAAUCUGUGGAAAUUACUAUAUCCACCCAGCUGUUGGCAUUUUUAGGGAUUCUGGAAGGUGGUUACUCACAUCAAAGUCCCUUUUAGCUUCCGGAUGGCUGGUCUCCUCAUUGAUGCAGCUUCUGUAAUUUGCAGUUUCGACCCUUUUUGGCGCCAAAUUAUGAUGACUUAUCUAUAUACAGAAUACAUGAAUUAUCAGCCUGGUCACAAUCUUGCUUUCGCUUAUUUCCUUAUGUACAUACCCAGUUUUAACAGUUCCUCUGGCAGCUCUAGAUGUAAAUAAGAAAAUGAUACAACAGCAUACCUUGUCUACUGUUAAUUUAUGUACAACUUGUAGCCAACUGCUUUGAGUUUCCUACAUAUAUCAGGCUAUCAGCAGUUGUGGUCAUCCGGGUGAACAUGUCAUGCAAAAUAUUGGUCUUAUUGAUCAAGUUACUGCUUCGUCCCUUUUGAUUAACCGUGGUUGACGCUCACAUAGGGCCAAGUUCCUUCUGCAAACAUCGGGCUAUUAUAGUAGACAUAGUCAGUAUUUCUGAACUGGAGCAAAUUCCCCAAAGCUUGGUGACACCAUGGUGUGGCAAUUUGGUGCCAUUUUGUUACCAGAGUACUGGAGGCCCAGAGCUUGGCCUGACAACAUAGAAUUGGUUCAGUUGUUGAUCGACAAGGUUGCAGAACACAGCUUAUCAAUGUGGGGUAUUUGGAGGCAGUGGGCGAUUUCAUUGAAACUUCAUAUUGCAGACAGCAAGUAGAUGUUGCUGAAUAUAGGUAUUUUAAAGUUAUCUUCAUGUAGCAUAUGGUUGAUGGAUCUUGUGCCGUCCACCCAUGGAAUGAUGAGUCCAGGCUCCCGCUACUGUUCUUUUAGUAUCUGAUGUUACUGGAUUUCUUGUAUAUAAGAAAAGGUGUCACUGAAUUACCUUUGGUAAAUCAUUGCUUCCAUGAAACAAGCAUCGUAGUGCAUGGAUUGUGUCUAGCCAUCCUUGGGACUGGAUGGUGUUGCUGAAUAUACUAUGGUAUCGGGGCUUCUUUUUGCUGCUGCUUGUUCAACUUACUUAAGCAGUAGCCAUAUCAUUUAAAGCUUUACUUUGUUAAUCUCCAUCCUCCGCCCCUUCUCCCUCAUUGUAUGAACACAUUAAUGGAGCUCGACUAAAAUUGCUCUUAUGAUGAAUCUGUUUAUAUUUGUGAAA